CUCUAGGUGGCGCCAUAACACAAAACACAAACAAAGUUUCUCCCGCGAAGCAGCAUGUCGGACAAAGAAGAGAUCGACACGGCACCAGUCCUGAAAAGGCCCAAAUCCCUGCCUCAGAAUGGCAAUCAAAACACUGCUUCUGGUGACGAGAAUUCUUUAGAACUGGACGAUGGGCAGAGCGAAGCCAGCACCCCGACCGUCGAGAGCAACUCCCGCUCCGACACGCCAACAGGGUCCACGACCGGCAGCUUCAACCGGAAAAGCAACCGCGGCCGCUGGCGUUCCACCAAGAACAAACUCCAGUACAAGUGCAACGGGUUCCUGAAAGAGGACCACGGACAGCCCAUCUUCGGUGUGACCUUUAACCCCUUCUUCAAAGAGGGCGACGCCCUGGUGUUUGCCACGGCUGGGAGCAAUCGGGUGUCGGUCUAUGAGCUUGUGGACGGCGGAGGGAUGAAGCUACUACAGAGUUACAUUGACGCCGAUUCCGACGAGAGUUUCUACACAUGUGCCUGGUCCUACGAGGAGAAGACAGGCUUGCCCUUGCUCGCUGUGGCCGGGUCGCGGGGUACCAUACGCAUCAUCAGCCCAAUCACUAUGCAGUGUGUCAAGCACUACAUAGCUCAUGGUAAUGCCGUCAACGAACUCAAGUUUCAUCCCAAGGACUGCAACCUGCUGCUGUCUGUCAGUAAAGAUCAUUCAGUGCGACUGUGGAAUAUUCAGACAGACACCCUAGUCAUUGUCUUCGGCGGUGUGGAAGGACAUAGAGAUGAAGUGCUCAGUGCAGAUUUCGACAUUGACGGAACAAGGAUCAUGUCGUGUGGCAUGGACCACUCACUGAAGAUGUGGCACCUAUCGACUCCCAUCAUCCAAACAGCCAUCAAAAACUCGUACGACUACAGCGCCACCAAGACAGACCGACCAUUCAAGACGCUGCACGUCAACACCCCGGAUUUUUCCACGAGGGACAUCCAUCGCAACUACGUCGACUGCGUACGUUGGCUUGGAGAAUUUGUCCUGUCAAAGUCCUGCGAGAACUGCAUAGCUUGUUGGAAGCCCGGUACGCUCGCCGACACCUUGGAGACGCUCAAGCCUUCUGACUCUAGGGUCACAGUACUACACAAGUUUGAGUACGCCCAGUGCGACAUCUGGUUCAUGCGAUUCAGCAUGGACUACGCACAGAAGAUUUUGGCUCUCGGCAACCAGGUUGGCAAGCUUUACGUCUGGGACCUCGAUGUAGAAGACCCCUCCAAAGCAAGGUGCACCAAGUUAACUCAUCCCAAGUGCCUGUCUGCCAUCCGACAGACGAGCCUGUCGCGAGACGGAACGGUCAUCAUCGGUGUGUGCGACAACAGCUCUGUGUGGAGAUGGGACCGAAUUCGCUGACCCAUGCAACAAGAUUAUCCCAGCUCAACAUCGCGCCGUUCAGAUUUGGAGACCGUUUCUUGCUAAACUUACGAGACGUAUUCCCAUAUUUGGUCAUUUUUCUAAAUUGAGUAUGUACACAUGAGAAACUGUCGAGGAUAAGUUAUGGAGUUAUUUUCAACACUUCAACUGCUUUGUUUAGUCGCAAUGGUCAAAGUAGACUAUAUUUAUCAUAUUAAGUAAACAUUCUUGAGGGGUGCGACACUUUUGAGGUCUGGCUAGUUUGCUAUGACUUGUUCUGUUUGAUGAUGUAACAUAAGCAACAACUUUAACUUGAUAUUUUUGAAACUUUUUUUUAAAAUAAAGAUUGAAAACGAU